CUCCGAUGCACAGAAUGGCUCUGUGCUCUCAGCGCAAGGCCGACCGGUCUGCCCAUAUCUGCUAUCCUCAGGCCGUGAGCUGAUGAAAUCAAUAAUACAUACAUGACCCUCCAUUUGGAAACCUUGGGCAAAAUUUGCAGCGCGGAAGCGUUAACAGUCCUUGUUCGACAUGGCGACGGUGUUCUUUCAUGCUUAUAGAUUACUGCCAGAAAGCUUCCAGACCAAAGUUUACGUCGCAUGGGCGCCAACGCAGUACGUACCGAGACCUGUAUCGGUGACCUGUGACCGCGCUGCUCUUCCAUCUCAUUGGCUUCGCGAUGUCCCGAGCAAGUUCAUUACUCCGGAAGAUUCGAAUCCAAAGGCCAAGAGCAUGACACCUUGACGUUAUUAGUUGUCGACGCGGGCCGUCUGCGAGCUAUAAAGUCCAGCAAACUCUGCCCGUCUUCCUUCAAUACAAACCUGCUCCACCAAAGCAACUACGCGCACUCAUAAUGAAGCUUUUCUCCGCCCUCGCCCUCAUCCCCUCUUUUGCGCUCGCCGUCUCCGUAGGCUGGGAUUCUGGCUAUGGCAUCGGUGACAACUCGCUAGGCAAUGUCGCCUGCUCUAACGGCGCCAACGGUCUCGAGACCAAGGGAUACACCACAUACGGCUCCCUUCCCACCUUCCCUUACAUCGCAUCGUCCGAUGUGGUUGAGGGAUGGAACAGCUCAAACUGUGGGACCUGCUGGCUGUUGACAUACAACGAUAGGAACAUCACCGUGGUGACGAUUGAUCACGCUGAUAUCGGCUUUUUCACGUCAGAGGCGGCGUUGAAUGAUUUGACCAGCGGUCAUGCGGAGGUUGGAAGCGUGGAAGCUAACGCGACUCAAGUUGACGCGUCCGCUUGUGGUCUGUAAUGGCUGGGAAGCAUGCUAUGUUGGGUUUUUUAACACAGCGCGACUCGUACUUUAGUUACGCGGUGGGGAGAAUGGCUGUAGUUUCGUGUUUUUUGAUGUGUUGUUAAGAAUAGCUCUGCGCGAAUCAUUUGGAAAUCUAUCAAGUCGUUAUGA